CGUUCGUAUCAGGUUGGCAACUUUGCAAAAAACUGGCGGCAAGUUUGGAAGGAAAUUGACGAAUUUGACAUUAGCACGUGUCGAGAACACGUUUUCACUUAAAUAAUCGAAUAAAAUGUCUGUUGACAUUUCUUCUGUUAAUCUAUGGGUCAGACCGGAAUCGUUUAACCUCGGGACGAUUCCUUUACCUUCACCCGAUUUAUUUAAUUUUAAGUACUUAAAGAGAAUCGUUUCGUAUGCAAAGACGAAAUCCGGUUCCAAGAACAAUAUUUUGAGCUAUUCCGUAUGGGAACAUAUUGCCUGUAAUAAGUUUCGUCUUCAUAAAGAAGUGGCUUGGCUAUAUUUUGAAAAUUAUUUUUUGGUUCAUCUAAGAAAAGUUGACGAACGUAUCGAAUGGGAUCGACAGUUUUCGGAUGCGACGGAAAAGGAUGUCGAGGAAAUAAAAUCUAAAGUGGAAGUAUGUUCUCUUCGUUUUGUCUUGAUGUUGUAUCUUCAAAACAUACAUAAAACCAGUUUAUGUUCUAAUAUUGUUAUGCAGGAAGAAUGGCCGUCGCAAUUCAAACAAUCUCGCCACAAGAGACAGGAUCACAUGGAACAAAAGCAAUUAAUGUUUGUUCGAACAAAUUUGGAAGAAAUAAUAGGAUUAUUGACGGAUGAAGAUAAGUUCACCGACGAAAUAUCAGAAUGUGUGAUAGAAGCAUUAAGUUUCUUAAUCGAAGGCUCAUCAGAUAAAAAUCGAACUGUAGCGACAUUACACGAUAUAGUACGGAUGGAAGAAAACAAAAAAGAAACGAGCUUUAAAAUGGUAAGUAUUUCCAUUUAAUUAUUUACUACUAGAAAACAUUUCUGUUUUAAAAUCAAACUUAAAUAAAUUUU